CUUGACUCUGAAUACUGAUCAUGGGGAUAUCUUACUGGAUUAUUCGAAGAACCUUGUUACAGAGGAAGUGAUGAAAAUGCUGAUGGAACUGGCAAAGUCAAGGGGUGUGGAAGGUGCCAGAGAGCGCAUGUUCAGUGGAGAAAAGAUCAACUUCACUGAGAACCGAGCUGUGCUUCAUAUUGCUCUGAGAAAUCGUUCUAAUGUGCCAAUACUUGUAGAUGGGAAGGAUGUUGUUCCAGAAGUAAACAAAGUGUUGGACAAAAUGAAACACUUCUGCCAGAGAGUCCGUGGUGGUGAAUGGAAAGGCUACACUGGAAAGACAAUCACUGAUGUGGUCAAUAUUGGGAUUGGUGGCUCUGACUUGGGCCCUCUGAUGGUAACUGAAGCCCUGAAACCAUAUUCCAAGGGAGGCCCCCGUGUUUGGUUUGUAUCGAACAUUGAUGGUACUCAUAUAGCCAAAACCCUGGCUGAGCUUAAACCAGACACUACACUCUUCAUCAUUGCAUCAAAGACUUUCACCACCCAGGAAACUAUCACCAAUGCAGAAACAGCCAAAGAAUGGUUCUUGCAUGCUGCUAAUGAUCCUUCAGCUGUGGCCAAGCAUUUUGUUGCCUUGUCUACCAAUGGUCCUAAAGUUAAAGACUUUGGAAUUGACCCAGAGAACAUGUUUGAGUUUUGGGAUUGGGUUGGUGGCCGCUACUCUCUGUGGUCUGCCAUUGGUCUAUCCAUUGCCCUGCAUAUUGGUUUUGACAACUUUGAGAACCUUCUUGCAGGAGCCCACUGGAUGGAUAAUCACUUCCACACUGCCCCACUGGAGAAGAACAUGCCUGUUCUGUUGGCCAUGCUGGGGGUCUGGUAUAUAAAUUGCUAUGGAUGUGAAACCCAUGCCCUUCUGCCCUAUGACCAAUACAUGCACCGCUUUGCUGCCUACUUCCAGCAGGGUGAUAUGGAAUCUAAUGGCAAAUACAUUACCAAGAAAGGCUCUCGUGUGGACUACAGUACUGGCCCUAUUGUGUGGGGAGAGCCUGGCACCAAUGGGCAGCAUGCUUUUUACCAGCUCAUUCAUCAAGGGACUCGCAUGAUUCCCUGUGACUUUCUGAUCCCAGUCCAGACCCAGCAUCCAGUCAGAAAUGGCUUGCAUCACAAGAUCCUUUUGGCCAACUUUCUUGCUCAGACUGAGGCCUUGAUGAAAGGAAAGACUGCUGAUGAAGCUCGUAAGGAACUUCAGGCAGCAGGACUGAGUGGAGAUGCUCUGGAGAAGCUCCUUCCCCAUAAGGUCUUUGAGGGAAAUCGACCAACCAAUUCCAUCAUGUUUACAAAACUCAACCCAUUCACCCUGGGAGCUAUCAUUGCCAUGUAUGAGCACAAGAUAUUUGUUCAAGGAAUUGUCUGGGACAUUAACAGUUAUGACCAGUGGGGAGUUGAGCUUGGAAAACAACUUGCCAAGAAAAUUGAGCCUGAACUGGAGUCAGAUGCUCCAGUGACAUCUCAUGAUAGCUCAACAAAUGGGCUUAUCAAUUUCAUCAAAAAACACAGAGCCUGAAACAAAAGAUUUGGAGGAUAUCGACAAUCUAGCCACCGAAUACCCAAAUCCGUUGUAGUUGUGCUUUUUUAGCCACUUCUAACAAAAAUAGCACUUUACAGAUGUAGCUCCUUCACUUGUUGCUGUUAAUCUUGUUGUGUCAAGUGUUACAAAUGGAAACUAGUUUUGUGAAACCCAGAGAUUGUAUAGUUGCUUUCUAUUUUUGUGGCUGUUAAUCUGUAAAGUGCAGCUGGUAUGUUCCUCAGUUCUUAUCCCUCAAUUUCCUUAAAGAUGAUCACAUACUGGUAAUAGAAAAUAAAAGGUAUGAUGGAUGAGUAAAA